CGCAUGGACUUUGUCCGCAUUCAGUUGGCUGUGUAUGAGCUGUACAUCGAUUAUCUGGAGUAUUGGGUCAAACGGCAUGAACUGCCUUCAGAUGUGGCCGCUGUGGAGACCCGUGCCAUACCUUAUCCCCGGUAUCUUAAGAGCUCAUCAGUUGGAAGUAUGAACAUGUUGGAAGUGCUGGGAAUGUUAGUCAUCACGAGUUAUAUAAUAAUGUGUCCAUUGAUUGUGAAACGUAUUUGCGAUGAAAAGGCGGCCAAAGCUAAGGAAAUGCUCAAAAUGAUGGGUUUGAGUGAUUGGGUGUUUUGGGGCUCGCAUUUCAUCAACUAUUUUAUCAUAAUGUUUAUACAAUCGGUAUUAAUCGUAGUAUUUUUGUGCGUGGGUUUUGGUGGACUACCAUUUGUUGUCUAUAGCAACGCGUUUGUGCUGUUAAUCGCCCUGGUGCUGUUUAAUAUAAACACAAUAUUAAAUUCUAUGCUUAUAACCACCAUGUUCAAUCGCCCGGUGAUCGGUGUAGUGGUCAGUGUUAUAUGGUUUGAGGUCUCGCAUGCGGUGCCGAUGGGAGCGUUGAGUACAAUGUAUAACCAGGAUAUGGAUGUCGAGGGCACCACCAAUUCGCGUAUACUCUCCUGUUUUCAGCCCAACUCAGCCAUGCAAUGGAUGUUCACAGUUAUGGGCCAAUGCGAGACGUAUGGUUAUGGGUUAACAUGGCCAAAUUUGUGGUCAAAUGUGCCACGAUAUGGUCAUUUUACAGGCGGAUUAGUGUUAUUGUUGCAAUUGAUGUCCAUAUUUUACUACGUCUUGCUAAUAUGGUACGUGGACAAUGUAUGGCCAUGGCAGUUUGGUAUACCUAAGCCUGUGUACUAUCCAUUUUUACUAUCAUAUUGGUUCCCAAAUCGGGGUAAAACAACUGAUACUAACGACACAAUUGAUGCGAAAACUGGCAGAAAUUUAGCCCACUUUGAAAGAGAGCCGUUGAACACAAGGGUUGGCAUAAAGUGUGAGAAAUUGCAUAAAAUGUUUGGCAAUAAGACGGCUGUCGGCGAUAUGUCUCUCAACAUAUAUGGCGGACAAAUAACUGUACUGUUGGGCCAUAACGGCGCCGGAAAGACCACUACAAUGAAUAUGAUUACCGGUAUAUUCCCGCCCACUUCGGGCACAGCAUAUAUCGGUGGCUAUGAUAUCAGACAACAGACUCGUAGGGCUCGCAAAAGCCUGGGUUUGUGUCCACAGGAAAACAUUUUGUACAGUGAGUUGGAUGUGAGCCAACACUUAAAACUAUACGCUAUACUGAAAGGCCAUCCCUGGGCUGAUGUGGACAAAGAGGUUCAGAAAAUGGCAGCUUUGGUUGAUUUGACAGAUAAGGCAAACACUAUGUCUACAGAUCUGUCCGGAGGUAUGAAACGCAAGCUAUCACUCGGUAUAGCAAUGAUAGGCAACACUGAGAUCCUAAUACUGGAUGAGCCGACCUCUGGUAUGGAUCCGGAGGCGCGAAGACAUAUGUGGGAUGUCUUACAGAAUAUCAGAUCCGAAAGAACUAUAUUAUUGACCACUCAUUACAUGGAAGAGGCGGAUGCUUUGGGCGAUCGGAUCGUAAUCAUGAGUGAGGGACACAUCAAAUGCUGUGGAAGUCCUAUGUUUCUGAAGAAAGCAUUCGGCGCCGGAUAUCACCUCCGGAUCGCUAAGAACCGGGAGUUUAACAGCCAAUCGGUGCUCAAUAUUGUACGCAAAACAAUGCCAAACGCAGAGAUCAAAAGUGAGAUCAACUCAGAGAUCAUAUACUCGUUGGAAAACAGCGACGAACUCGAGAGGAAUAAUAAUGAAAGUACGACAAGUCGUCAACUGAUCCAACUCUUCGCCCACUUGGAGAGCAACAAACAAGAGCUCAAUAUUGAAACCUUUGGGCUAACGGUGACCACAAUGGAGGACGUCUUUCUCCGAGUGGGCAAUGAAUAUAUGGAUAACUCUUCGGCCGAUGAGUUGUCUAAAGCGGCCACUAAUUCACCGCAAGGUACGGAUCUAUUGUCGCAUAAUAUCACCAAAAAUACUGGUAAUAAACUUAUGGCGCAACAGUUUUGGGCGCUUUUCAUGAAGCGUUUCCACUACGCGAAGAGGUAUUGGCCAAUGAUUGUCCUCCAGACAGUACUUCCGGCCAUACUAUUCAUGUGUAUCCUAUUGUUGGAUCAGUCGUUGAAAAGGGCGACAACAGAGACCUCAACGGUAUCUCUUGAGUUAAAUUUGAAGACAAUGUACGGCCCGACCGAGGGUUUCGUUCAGUCAGACCUCAAAGACUUUAACGAUAAGUAUAUUAAAGUGUCGGCCAAUGAAGAUAUGAAGACACAAGUGAUCACUGUGAACCCAAACAAUUGGACACUAUCUGGUAAUAGAGGGGACGAUAUAACCAAAUAUAUCAACACGUAUUUAGUCGGCGCUCAGAUCAACACUACCACCAAAGCCAACAAAACAUCACUAAUACUGAUUCCCUGGUAUAACAAGGAGGCCAUACACGCUCUCCCGGUGUCCAUCAAUGUGAUAUACGAGACACUAUUGAAACAAAAAUUCAAUGAUAAACCAUCGAUCACACUAUACAACCACCCGAUACUAUCGGACCAGAGUGCAAAUAACAUGGGUAUGAUUAUGGUGACCAUGGUGGUUACCUGUUUACUGCUGGUGCCCCUAACGGUGCCAUUUAUCGGCGCCUCGUAUGCGUUGUUCCCAAUCCAUGAGCGCAUCACUCAAUCAAAACUUUUACAGUUAAUGAAUGGCAUAUCUGUUCACACGUUUUGGGCGGCGAGUUAUCUCUUUGAUAUCAUUAACCAUUUGUUGGCCAGUAUUAUACUCUUCAUUGUAUUCGCCAUUUUUGAUUGUGACAAAAUUUUCAUGGGCAAUGCGAGCAACGCGGGCGGACUAUUCCUACUAUUCCUUAUGUUUGGUCUGUCGGCCAUACCGUUAGCCUAUCUGUUCUCACUUCGACUCAAACAGCCCUCAACUGGUUAUGCAGUUCUGGUCGUUGUAUACCUGCUCUCCGGUAUAGCCCUGUCUUUGACGGUAUUUUUUGUGUCAAUGCAAAAGCCGAAAGCGGCCGACGCUCUCGAAGGUGUGGCCAAUAUUAUGCCCGUAUAUGCCAUGAGUCACGGCAUACAAAAGCUGUACAAACUGGGCUCGUAUGCGGAUGUUUGUAAUAAAAUGACCAGGGAGCAUUUGGCUCAGCGGUGCGACAACAGUAACUAUCGCAUAGAUAAAAGUAGCGACUACUGGGGCUGUUGUGUGAAUCUGUGCAAACCCACACACGAGUGCUAUUAUGAACGCAAUGCUUUCCAAUGGGGUAAAUACGGUAUUGUAACGGAGUUGGUGUAUAUGAUUGUUACGGCAUUUGUCUAUCUAUUGAUACUAUCGCUAAUUGAAAGCAAUUUCCAAAAAAUUAAAUACAUGUUUAAUAAAAACUCAAAAAUAACUGAAAUGGUUAACAACGGGUACAGCACUGGACAGCAAAAUGUUGUGCUAAACGUGGGCACCGGUGGCCAGGAUAUGGACUCGGAUGUGAGUGCAGAGAUGAAACGCAUAAAAGGUCUGGUGGGCGCCAAUAGAGGGACGACUGAUGCGAUUGUUGUGCAAAAUCUGUGCAAAACAUUCAAAGCAUUUCCAGCCGUCGAUAACCUCUCGUUUGGUGUCCAUAAGGAGGAGUGUUUCGGACUGUUGGGAGUGAACGGCGCCGGAAAGACCACAACCUUU